AUCGCGGCGUUGCGGUGGGAUGAUCAGAUCAGACGCAUGGAGGCUGGAUACGAGGCUCUGCCUCCACCAUCUUACAGGUCUGCCUCGAGUUACUCUCCUCCUAACGUUUCUACAAUCUUUGAUACAUGAUCUCCACGUGGACUUCACCGAUCAGAUUCUUAGAGUGAUUUUGGAGUGAUUGUACGCAGUCUAAUAACGGACAAUGGAACUAUGCCACGUUUACUACCGUCGUACCGACGAUGAACAGUCCGAUCAACUUUGACAUCCGUCUGGAAGUCAAAAAGUGAAGCCAUUCAAGGUCAACCUAGUUAUCGACUCCCAUGUCCUUCCCACUCUUCCGGCUGUGUACCUUUAUAGCGCUCAUUCCGCUAGUGUUUUCCUUGAAUAUUACGCUGAAUGACGCUCCGGUAGCCUUCCAAUACACACCGAUAUCUUUACGCUGGACGCAGGACGAUCCUCUCGACUUCAUUCUUGGUGCAUUCCUGAUCCACUCCGACGAAUCGUUGAUGGUAGCAACGACGACUCGAGUUGUGGACAAUUUCACAGCAGACCUAACCGCCGUUAUGACGUUCAAUUAUACAAGUACAUCUGACAAGGAUUGUAUCCUGAUCGCUUGGAUUUCUGGGACUGAGCCUCAUAACCAAUUUACUCAAAGCGAGCCGUUUUCAGUGGGAAGCAAACCCAGAAUGACUACGCCAAGUUCUGAAUCAAUACCGGUAGUAUCAACGCCAACACCAUCCAAGUCGACGUAUUCUAGUACUACGCUCAGCCCUAUCACUCCCAGCCCUAUUCCGUCAGUUCUGGGAACCGCCCAACCGACAAAGAAAGCUAUACCUACAGAUGUAAUCGUAGGCAUCGUCAUCGGCUCAGUUGCGCUUUUGUCCAUGGUCUCCACUACCGUGUUCAUCGUACUAUGGCGACGGAGGAACCGAAAGUUGAAGAACUCUGCACCAUCCCGUGCUUUUUGGAAGCAGUUCGAUAGGAAGGGUCCACCGAUUUCUCAACCUGUUCGACAGCCUUUGCCUGCAUACACGCAGGGUAGGACCUACCAAAGACCAGCUGUUCGCCCACCAUCCUUGAAACUGGAUGAAUACUACCUUCGCGCUGGGAAGAUAUGAUGGGGGAAAGAUCGGUGGCUCUAUAUAAUACCCUGGUCCCUGUAAAUACCAGUUCACUCAGGAAGUGAAAUAUUAUGUAUAUGAG